GAGAGAGGGGAAAGCGCCGAUGGAAAAGUGUCCAGGGCUUGGUUAACAAGAAAACAGCAUUCCGGUCCGCUUCAGUUCGUCCUGGGACACUCGGCGAUGAGAGAUUCACCGAAAGGGGCACUUUGAGAUAUGAUGAGGUUUAUUUCUGGUCGGCAAUAGUACUAUGAUUUGGUAUGUGGCCACUUUGAUAGCAAGUGUAUUCAGCACCCGAGGAACGGCCGCUCAAGGUGCCCACGGAGUGCGAGAGGAGCCCCAGUUUGUGACGGCACGUGCAGGAGAGAACGUCAUCCUGGGAUGCGACGUGUCCCACCCCCUGAACGGCCAGCCCUAUGUGGUGGAAUGGUUCAAGUAUGGAAUGCCCAUCCCCUUCUUCAUCAACUUUCGCUUCUACCCUCCUCAUGUGGACCCGGAAUACGCCGGCCGGGCCAGUCUGCAUGGCAAGUCCUCCCUGCAGAUAGAGAAUGUGCGCUCAGAGGACCAGGGCUGGUAUGAGUGUAAGGUUCUGAUGCUGGAGCAGCAGUAUGACACCUUCCACAACGGCAGCUGGGUGCAUCUAACCGUCAACGCCCCCCCAACGUUCACGGAUACGCCACCUCAGUACGUAGAGGCGAAGGAGGGAGGUAGCAUUACUUUGACCUGCACGGCCUUCGGCAACCCCAAACCCUCGGUCGGCUGGCUGAGAGAAGGCAGCCUCAUGGUCAGCAGUGCCAAGUAUAAGGUGUCUGAUGGGAGUUUGACGGUGCUAUCCAUCACCCGGGAGGAUCGUGGGGCCUACACCUGCCGAGCCUUCAGCCCCCAGGGAGAGGUCAUUCACACCACACGCCUGCUAGUGCAAGGCCCUCCGUUCAUUGUAUCACCACCAGAGAACAUUACAGUGAACAUCUCGCAGGACGCCUUCUUCACCUGCCAGGCGGAGGCCUACCCUCGCAACCUGACCUACACCUGGUUCUGGGAGGAGGACAACGUCUUCUUCAAGAAUGACCUAAAGCGCAGAGUCAGUAUUCUAAUUGACGGUUCCCUCAUCAUUGCCCAAGUCAAACCCGAGGAUGCUGGGAAAUAUACCUGUGCUCCGAGCAACAGCCUGGGCCGACCACCAACUGCCUCUGCCUACCUAACAGUGCAAUAUCCUGCCCGUGUGGUAAAUAUGCCGUCUGUCAUCUAUGUGGCCAUUGGUCUGCCUGGCUUCAUCCGCUGUCCUAUAGAUGCCAACCCCCCUGUAACUCUGGUUAAGUGGAAGAAAGAUGGCCUCCCUCUUCGGAUAGAUAAGUUCCCUGGUUGGAGCCAAAUAGACGAUGGGAGCAUCCGUGUGGCAGAGGUGACGGAGGACUCUCUCGGCACCUAUACCUGCAUGCCUUACAAUGCCCUGGGUUCCAUGGGAUGGUCCCCUCCUGCUCCCCUGGUGCUAAAGGAGCCUCCCAAAUUCUCAGUGGUUCCUGGAGGGGAGUACAGGCAGGAAGCUGGGAGAGAACUGGUCAUACCCUGUGAGGCGGAGGGAGACCCCUUUCCUAACAUCACAUGGAGGAAGGUAGGCAAGCCCAGUAAAAGCAAGCACAAUGUUCUUCCCCGAGGCAGCUUACAGUUCAAGUCACUCACAAAGGAGGACCACGGGGAGUGGGAGUGUGUCGCCACCAACGUUGCCACGAGCAUCACUGCCAGCACGCACGUCCAAGUCAUAGGCACAAGCCCCCACGCCCCCACCAGCAUCCACAUGGUGGCGUCCUCAACCUGGACCAAUGUGUCCUGGGAGGUUGGCUAUGACGGAGGCUUCCAGCAGACAUUCUCAGUCUGGCUGAAGAGGGAGCAUUUAGGUGCACAUGACUGGCUUUCCAUACCCGUGCCUGGAGGCCACGACUGGUUGGUGGUGCCUGGCUUGGAGCCAGAGACAACAUACCAGUUCAGCAUCCUGGCCCAAAACAAGCUUGGCUCAGGCCCUUUCAGCGAGGUUGUCACUGUGAACACACUAGUAUUUCCUAUAAGUACCCCUGAACCAUUGGUGCUGCUUACCCCACCACGGUGCCUCACAGCCAAUCGCACGCAGCAGGGAGUUCUGCUCACCUGGAUCCUGCCUGCCAAUCAUACAGCACCUAUCCAGCAUUAUGUCAUGGAGUUUCGCCUGGGGGAACGAUGGGAGGUCUUGGAUGACAGCAUUCCUGCUGGGGAGACGGACUUACUCGCCCGAGACCUCAUCCAGGAGGCUUGGUAUGAGUUCCGUGUCAUGGCCGUCAUGGAUGACAUGAUCAGCGAGCCUAGUAACAUAGUAGGCGUGUCCAGCACAGACUUCUUUCCUCCCCCAGAGAUGGUGGAAGAACGUGGACUGGCGCGACCUGUGGUGGCCGGCAUUGUGGCCACCAUCUGUUUCCUUGCAGCAGCUGUCCUGUUCAGUACGAUGGCUGCUUGCUUCGUCAACAAGCAGCGCAGGCGGAAGCUAAAGAGGAAAAGAGAUCCCCCUCUUUCCAUAACCCACUGCAGAAAAAGCAUGGAAACUCCGUCAUUUUCAGGAAAGGUGAGCCCAGAGAGCAUUCGUUCAAAGGCAACUCCGUCAGAAUCAUCUGAAGAUAGUCAUGACCAGCAUGGGGGGAAGAAGCCACCUGCAAGUCCGGGGAAAAAGGAGGAAUUAUCUUUAUAUAAGAAGACCAAACGAGCAAUAACAAGCAAGAAAUACAGCAUCUCCAAGCAUGAAGCUGAAGCAACACCCAUUGAACUUAUUAGCCGAGGCCCAGAUGGACGCUUUGUCAUAGAUCCCACUGAUGCAGAAAUGUCUGUUAAGCCCCGGCGAAUUGAAGGGUUCCCCUUUGUGGAAGAAUCAGACCUCUAUCCUGAAUUCCGGCAGUCAGACGAGGACAAUGAUGAUCCCAGGCCUCUGCCCCCAGUUAUGGCCCCCCUUCGGCCUCACCAGAUUUCCCCCAUCUCCAGUCAGGAAUCCUACCUGCAACCUCCAGCCUACAGCCCUCGUUUCCAGAGGCCCUUCGAAGGUAUGACCAUCAUGGAGAGCAGUCGGCUCCAGGCCACGGGGCAGAUCCGAGGUUCUCUCCACCACAGAGCUUUCUAUGGUUAUCUAGGCCCCCCUGGGGAUCAUGACCCCCCACCUCCUUUUUACAUGCCUGAUACUAGCCCUCUCAGCUCUGUCAUGUCCUCCCCCCCAUAUCUUGCUGAAGGUCCUUUUGGUCAUCCCAUGAUUCCUGAAGAAAUGGGGGAGGGUGAUUUCCCACAAUAUGCUGUCCCUGGUUUCCCACUUCCUCUGACACUCACCUCUUCCUCUCGUUCACCCGAGCUUUGGCAGGGACUGGAUUUCACCUUUGCAAGUCUGGAGGGGCCCCAGUUCAUUUUUCCGUCGCAUCACCCAUUGCAUCUCCGUCACGACUCCCCUUAUCCUCCUCCACCUCAUGUUCUUCCCCUAAGUGCUUUCCAGCCCUCCCUUCCAAUGCCCACUUACCCAGCUGUCAUGCCACUGGAGGCCCCAAAGAGCCGCUCAAGCAGGUCUCCCAGCAAGGCCAAGCCUCAUGGCUCCCCAGCCAAGCAUUUAGCUAUGCAAGAGGCACGUUUUGGGCAUCUAAGACACAAAAGCCACGGUAUGGGUGGGCCGGUUUUGCCUUACACCGAUCCAAUGACCCAUAUUGUCCCGAGCACAUUCAGUAGCCUUGACACUCGAUGGUUUGAAACUGCCCCUCGUUUCAGUCCCAGACAGGCUCGUAGGAUGGAUUCUGGCAUGCACCAGGUGGUUCUCCAGCCCUCUCGACUCUCACCCCUCACCCAAAGCCCUCUUAGUUCUCAUGAAGGCUCCCCAGAGAUUGUAGUACGUCCCAGGCCACGUCCCAGCAUUGUCCAACCUCACAUACCCCCAGAGAUGUCUGAGAUUACCCUCCUCCCUCCUUCCACAGCCAGCUUCUCAAGGAGAUCUUCCCCCUCCUCCUCACCUGCCCAAGGUCAGGGUAGCAGGAGAGCAAGUCCCAGCUACCGUUCCCACAUGGCCUUUGCCACUUCUGCAACCAGCUACCCAGCUUCCCAGUCCCCAUCACCCCCCAUGGAAAGCAGCAACAUAUUUGGGCAGAUGCCAUCUCAAAGGAGGACUGAGGAGGGGAUCCUUCCAUCUGAGCACUCUCCACCCCAGUUGUCAGCUUCAGGAAAACGUCGAGGUGUGCCGAGUCCCCUUUCGGGGUCUGAGAGGAUUGAUGCACUGAGAUACCAACGUAUUAAAAAGGCCAAGAAGAUAAUGAUGAACAACAAUAACUCCAAGUCCAGAAAGAAAGCAGGUGUCACCACCUCUCAGACCCAGCAGGCCUACACCUCUCAGGUACUCCAACCCGAAGAAGCUCUCUACCUCCGCAAGAAGAAGAAACGGCCCAUCCUCCAUGACCCUUAUACUCGCUUUUCUGCUCUGCUGUACCGCCGGCCACCACGAGAGGACCAGAAGGCUAUUUUGGCCAGCAUGGACAACAUAGACCUAGACCAUGCAACCCUCCUCUAAAAGCCCUUGAGGAAAAGGUCACAACCAUGCAAUAUGCCCUCAUUCCAAAAUAGCUAAAUACCAGAUGGAAAACAACAACAAAGAUGUUUGCAAUUUAUUGUCUAUAUAUGGGAAUGGCACUAAAUUUCAGCAUUCAGAUUUGGUACAUUCUGCAACUACGCAGACUCAGAUCAAGAACCCACAACAUGUACAGAUGUGUCUGAAAUGCUGGUCCCAAUUUACUGUUAGUGACAUAGCAGCAUUGGUAAAUUGGAAUAGCAUCACAGAGUGCAGUCCUGCUUCCAAGGAUGACUUUACUAAUACUGAUUGGGAUUCCCAAAUGCACAAGGGUGAUCUGUGUAUGCUUAAAUCAAGUAGUAUUCCCUUUAAAAGGUGUGUUUAGACUUUAGCAAUUCAAAUCAAAAUGAUAGCUGCCACAAUUUUCCAAAGUUUUACUCCAGUGCAAAACGAUUAAUAAAAAAAAAGAGACAAUACAUGAUUACCAGCUCCCGUUUUUCCCAUUUUAAAAAAAUACCAGUUUUCCAGUGUUACCGUUUUUAAUUUAAAAGGCUUUGCAGACCUAGAAACUUAGAACAUGUUUCUUGUACUGAGCCAAACCCCCCAAAAAGCCCUGCGGGUCUCCGUUUACAGCACCUUCCACCGGAUCCUCUCCGCCAGCAACGUCUCUUAUCUGCCGAGAAACUCGCCUCACAAAUAUGGAUGUUCUCACUUCCUACCAAAUAUACCUCAGAGCACACGACACGAGACCACACAACCACCAGGAUCAGCCAGCAAAACAAACUAGCCUUUUCAUAUCUUUAGUCAUUAUUAUGUUCCUCUUGCUUUUCUUAUAAUGAGUAUUACUUUUUACUUUGUUAGCUGUAUAUUAUUUAAGCUAAUUCAGUUUACUUAUCUUGGAGAAUGAUGAUUUAGUGUCAUUCUUCUCAUCUGUCGGGAAUGAUCAGGACUGACAAACAAAUACAGAACUGAACUACUUUACUAGGCCUACUUAAGGAAUUAUAUUGACUUUCACUGUAUCUAAUUUCUUUUUGAAUAUUGUCAUUCAGCAAUGAAUCACACAGGUGGUUACUGUACUUUUGCAUUUCACAUACUUAUAACAAACCAUCAACAAGCACUAUUAAAAGUGGUAAUUCAAUUAUUUUCAGUCAUUCUAUAUAAAUACAUAUAAUAAUAAAUUAAGCUUCUCAUAUCUCAUAACUGUUUGCACUGGAGCAAAAUCUUGCUGCUGCUUUUCACCAGUUUUUCUACUUUAGGUAGUGUAGAAGGUACCAAAUCCUAGUCCGAAAGAAUUAUAAUUAUGCCAAAAAUAAUUAAAUUAAAAAAAAUAAACAAACAUACAUAGUGGAGGAUAAGUUUUUGUGCCAUAGUAUGUGAUAGUAUUUUCUUCAUACAUAUUAGAGGGCAUAAAAACAAUGGCUUUGUUUGGUCCUAAAGGAGCUUCUGGUUGGUUGCCUGCUUCACUUUUCACAAUUUUUAUUCAUUAUUACAUUUUUUUAUUUGUGUGAGCAUGUGUAAGUAACCGCCUCUUUGUAUUGUGUCUCUUUAUGUGCUUGUCAUCUAAAAUGAAAAUGCUGAGAGUAGAGUCAUCCCUUAAGAAAAUACAAAAAGUGGCAUUGAAGGUAACACAAAGUGAGACAAACCUUUGUGUUGUAUAAAACACUGGAAGAGGCCGUUUUGUUUACAUAUUGCCCAGUUUUACUUUGAGAGAUUCCAGUGAUGAUUAAAUGUUUAACUGACAUGGAAAGGUGGACACUAAGGGGCUAACAAUAUGUUCUAUUGAAUAAGUAAAGAUAGUGCCAUAACAUUAGAAACUAAACUAUAUCACACAUUACACAUGCUGCAGCUCAGUCACAUGUUGGAUUCAACAACGGAUGUCUGUGUUCUGUACCAGUUUUGAUGCCGGGGUUUCUUCAGUUAGUUUGUUUUACUUCUGUUCAAAAGGUGUUUAAUUUCCUAAGAAGUUGUCUUCAUUUGUAGAUGUUACGGUAAUGUAUCUUGGGAUCCUAAUACUAAAUGAAAGCAGUGUCCAUGUUCUGAUGAAGUUUGGAGUGGUAUUGGUAUGUUUAUUGUUUUUUAUGCAUUUUGUAUAAUUUCUUUAUUGUGAUUUUGAGGAGAUUCUGACAACUCCAACUCCAACAUAGUCUUCAUUUUAAGUGACAAAAUGAGAUUGCUUUAUUAAGAUAUUUCCACAAUGAAUGCUUUCAAAAUGAGCAGUUCCAAUGUUUCAAAAAAUCUGCUCUGACAACUGACCUCUCGUCAUAUUUGAUAUUUAAAUGCAGAAGAGUGAAGAAGAGAUGUGAUGUCAUUUAUUUAAAAGGGAAUACUAACUAUUUCUCCUGAAACCAAUUAUCAUACAUAAAUAGAUAAGCAUAAAUAAUAAAAGACAGAUGAAUAAAGUUAAUAAUUGCAUCAUACAGAUGCAUUAGGGAUGCUUUAGCAGCAACGUUAGAUAAGAAUCGUGUGCCUUUAUGAUGGAAUGUUGUCUCCAGGGUUGGAGCAUCUGGUAGCUAACAAUUAAGUAUUGCGUCUGUGUCAGCAUAAUGCACUUAUUGUGGAAAUAACUUUAAAAUACGAUUUCUUCAUUUUCAUUUUAACAUCUGUAACUAAAGUGAAACCACAAUAUCUACUUCCAAAGAUAAAACAGUCAGCAUGAAUCAUGUCAGUGAGAUGAAGUGGCAAGGAAAUGCACAUACAACUCUCAGAUCAUUGAUCAUUGAUGAAACAACAGUAUGGCUAGCCUAGCCAAACUCCCAUGAGACCGCAACAUUAUUUUUACAUGCUUUGUAAGGCACUAAGAAGAGGCCAUCCCAUCAUAGGUGCUUGAGCAGUGGUGUCAAACAGAGGCUCUUCUUGCAGCCUGAGGUGCUAAGAAAACCAUGAAGUAAAGCUGUACUAAUGAGUAUAUAUUUCAAUAAUGCCACUUCCAUUUUCACAGCUGUGUAAUUGCCGUGUUGUUGUAUUUUAAGAUAUUGUUAUCUAAAGAAAUGAGAACAGUCUGCACUGCUGCCUCGGUUUAAAAGCAUGGACGGUUAAAAAGCGCUUGUUGGAGUCAUGGCUGGAUACAAAGUCACAUGAAAAGAGAAACAACAAGCUCUUCUUCCACAAAACCCUUUAUUAUUGCAUAUCUAAAGUGAUAUUUAAAAAACUGCAGGCACUCUGAUGCAUAAUGUUCUCCAAGUCAAAUAUGUUGUGUAUUGUACCUUGUUGCUUUUGAAUAUAAUUAGUUGUAUGCCAUUUAUAGAAAGGUAUUUGUCAGAUAUAAGAAGAAGAGCAUUCGCUACAGACCUUCGGAGGUUUGUGUUGCUGUGUGUCCUCAGCAGAGCUCUGGAGGGCACUUUGUUUGUUAAAUACUCUGGCAUUGUACUUGCUAGGUCUGCAUGAUAGAGGGGACAGAGGCUAUUUCAUGUCACACUGUGUAUGAAAAGACAAGGUAAACAUACAAAAGGGACAAGUGAGUGCCAUCAAUCGACAAUGAUUCCCCCAAUUAGGACUCUGAUGACUGUUGCUCAGAAAUUAGUAAGAUAUUGCUGUUGGGUAAGUUUGGGAAUCUGGCAUUCAUGGCACAUAUGAAAUAAAUCCAUAGCAAUCACUAUUUUCUGCCAAUGAUGAAAUGUUUUGGAAUGGAAUCAAGUUUAGAUCAGUAGAAUAAUAGUUCAAAAGUCCUGCAACUUCCCUUCAAAGAGUUUAAAUCAAGAAUCUAAAAUGAUUCUGUAAUAACAAUAAGGAUAGCUUGUAGUUUUCAUACUGUACUGUACCAUCAUGUUGACCCAAUAUACUUACCUAUUAUAUUGUUUCUGUUGAGGAAUUAACUUUACAAUUAUUUGCAUAUAUUUAUCUUUGGAAUCAUAACUGUUGCCCUCUAAGAACUUAACACUGAGCAUAAUGUCCCAUGUUGUUAUUAACCCACAUUUAAAAGAAACCAAAAACAUUGACAGACGAGAAAUAAGACCUAAAAUAUACAUCAAUUCUUUAUUGAACGUUGUUUUUGUUUUUAUACAUUUUUGGUCGAAUGUAGAGAGAAUGAAUACCAUGAAAACUUGAGUACACCAACUAAAUCCAAAAACAUUCAGUGUCACAAGACAGCUCUUCAAACCUGCGGUGGUUUGCAUGAUUUGCAUGGUAUAAACAUUGGAAUGCUACUGACAGACACGGAGUUGCCACUGCCAGAGCAGCGCUCUGUAGUGUUAAGAGAAGCACGGACAAUGGACAAAAUUAUUUUUCAAACAAUUUUUAAAAACUAGUGCAAGACACAAUCCUAAUGUUUCAAAAUGUAAAAUUAACCCUUGAGUUUUACCACAGCAGCGUUGACAUGCAAUAAAAGCACACGUCGGGCUGUUAAAGACAUUCAGUGGAUUUGAAGCUGUUACAACACCGAGCAUUGUUUCUACAUGAUGUGGUAAUAAGGCCAGGUAGAUUUGUUCUUUACUACUCUGUGAUGUCUAUUACUUGAUAUUUUCUAAAGUACAUAUUAGGUGAAUCUGGAGUAAAAAGAAACAGGUCCAUAUAAAUGCUCUAGUUGUCAAAUUGCAGUCUGACUUGUGUUGAGUACAGAAUAGAUGUAAACUUCUUUGUGAACGGCCCUGGCUCAGAAUGAUCAUUAUGAACCAUAAUGAGAGUAACUCUGAGUCACAUGUACUGUAAUGUAGUCAUAUGGUCCCCUAUAGUGCUACACAUGUAGAGAAAACAGUGGUGAUUUGCAGUUGAUGGUACUGUAUAAGAUUCUGAAAUAGCUUACAAAUAGUUAUGUUUGUGGUGUCUAAAGAAAAAACUAUAUUUGUUUUAGAAAAUCUCGGUACUGUGUCACUAUGACUCUUGAGCUGAGGAGAACUCUGCGCUCUGCUCGGGCUUUACUUAUUUGAAGAUCGAUUAAGAGAGACUUAUCAUUGUGUUGUUGGGGAUAUUCAGACUUUUAUUCCACACGCUAAGAGUGGAGAACCUCUGGUGCUAACACAUGCCGCACAAGUACGUUUUUGUUGUCACCAUGUUGUAACCAUACUGAGUCGCUCUUGAAACAAACCUCUCUGAGCUCUCUGCAUCUGAUACUAAAACUGCCAUAUUAUUUUCCUUAUUUCCUUAAAAAAUACAAUUGAGCAAUUAUUUAGCGAAUUUGAGCGUAAAUGAGAAAUGAACACACGUGUUGUCAUAUCACUGAGAUCAUUCAGGAUUCAUGUAAAUAAAUAGACUGCUAUUUUGACUCAGAACCGACAUACUGCUUACAAUAAUAUCAAACUGCAAAUACAUGUAAUACAUCACAAAACAUAACUCUGCCUAUCAAUUAAAAUAAUAGCUUAAAGGCCAGUAAAAUGUUACAAUUAAAAAAAGACUUGAUGGUCAGACUUUAAAAAACUCUUCUAUCAUCUCUUACUGGCCCGUAGGACGCACUGAGGCAGAGACCUUAAUCUAAAGUACAUGAGACAGAGCCAAGCGCUUAUAAAAUCAGUCUUUGUGAAGUGCAGAAACUUGCCAUCAGUGUAUCCAUACAGCAACACGGAGGAGUAUUGAAAUACAAUGUAUCAACUUUUGUCUGAACUUGAGUGUACAAAAAAACAAUUACAGAUUUGAGAGAGAAAAAAAAAGAGGUUUUGUUACACUGUGUAAAUAAUAUCUCAAAUAAGCUUUCCUUGUCAUAUAUAUUUUUUUGUAGAAGAACAUUUGAUGCACAACAACUAUAUUGAAGACUGAGUGGGAACUGAGUAGUGUAGGGUCUGCUUCAGUGACACAUUAUAACAUGAUGUAACAGACCAAUGUCUAUUUGUGAGUGAUGGAAAUCUUCUAAGUGCUAGAAAUUACUUUAAGAUUUGAAUAUUAUAGAGCCAGGAAAUAUAUAUAUAUAAAAAUAUAUAUAUAUAAAUAUAUUAUGUAUCCAAAAUGGUUACAUGAGUAUCUAUAUUUGGGGACAGUACUUGUUUUCAAGAAUGUAUAACUCUAUAUUGUAUAAUUUUUAUAUCCAUUUGUUGCUGUAUACUGUAGCAAUGAAUAAUCUUACACAAAGUAGAGAAAUGUGUCUGAGGUUUUCAGUUGUGUACAAAACAAAAGAGAAUGGUGCACAAACGUGUCACUGUCCUGUAUAUCUCACUGUCUAUUACACAGAGACUCUCAGAGAAGGACACAGCAAACUAGUUAUUAUAGCAACCUCCAUUUGGUGUGAAUAGCAAAUGUAAUUGUUGAAUUAUUUGUGGGCCAUCGUCUUACCACAAGUAUCAUUUGUCCUUUCGGAGACAGUGAUUUAGCUCUGCGCUACUUUAUUAUUGAUAUGUUCAUGAGGCUGGCUUCUGCAGUCACACAUUCAUCUUUUUAAAAUAUGUGUUGGCAUGAAAGAAUUGUGAGAAUAUUUUCCCCUACUAUGGUGCUCCUUUGCAAUCUUUAUCACAGCAGAGCACAUAAAUAUAAAUGUAUAAUCAUCUAAUUCACAAACUGUGCAGAUAGAAAUGUUUCACAGCGUAUAUUUACAGUAUGUAUGUUACAGACACAACGCUGCUUUGAACUGACAUAAGGGGCAUGUGCAAGUUAAUGUGAACGUUCUGUUGCCUUUUGCUCAACUUUACUUCAGACAUUCAAUUCAGUGCUGUACAUUGCCAAAAAAAACACCUCAUAUACAUUCUGACAACUGGUGCUAUUUACAAACAUCUGUGGUGCUUUUUUUAAGUUACUUAUUUCCUUGCUUCAGACAAAAUGUAGCUACACAACCCUGUACUGUAAGUCAUCAUCUGACCUGGUUCAGUCAUUUGAUUGGAUGGUUUACUUUGACUGCUGUUGUUUCAGGGAAUAUACAGAUCAUAUAGGACUAACAUUUUGAGUGGCACAUUUUAAAGCAAGGAAAUGUAAUAGGACAUUCAUUUGAAUACAAGUCAUAAUGAUUUUUCUUGGGUUUACGAUUUUCUUGUUCAUUUUGGUCUAAACUUCACAGUGCUUCAAAGUGUAAUGUAUAGGUGGUUGCAAAACAUAUCCACACAUUGUGUUUGGUGCUGAGUGAACAGACAGGCUCAUCAUGACUUGUUUACGGUAUUCAUCUUAGACAUUAAGAUCCAUCCAGUCUUUCUAUCAGUUCAAGUAAACUCACUAAGUCCUGCAGGUACCUUUUUAUUGUACAGUAUAAGCAACACCAGCGUGACGACAGGAGGGAGUGAAGACUUCCACUCACCUUCGAGUCAUUACGACUAGUUCUUCUGCAACCAAGCUACUCCAAAACCCACCACUAGGUGGAGGUUGUUGCUUAUAAGGGACAUGCUGUGUUACUAAGACCGGAGAAAGCAUUGGAAAAUGGUCUCAUAAAGAUGCUGUUUAAAACCAGUUAACAUUCUACUUUUUGAAGCCUCUUUCCAUGAAUUCUUUAUGUCGAUGUACAAGUCACAUGAUGUUGAUUAUCUCUUGUUUUUCAUCACAAAAUGCAAUACAAGUGGAAGAAGAACAAACAGAAGUUGUCUCCUCUUAAUUGUUUAGUCUUCCUGAGAUGUGUGAACUGGUUUGAGUUACAGACUUUUUUUAUUUGAUUUUUUAUCAACCUACCUUCCAGAAAACAACAAAAGUGUGUGAGUAUGUUCACUGUUAGUUACAGACGUAGACAACCCAGUACCUCAACAUGUCUCUUCAUGGAAAUCUUCAGUCCAGAUAUAUAACUAUUCAGCUUUUUAUGUUCACCAUCUCAGAGAAGUCAAUACUCAUGAUGCUUUUUAUUUGUUGGCACAAAUACUAACAAGAAUGUAUGGCUAUUGUAAUUCCUGCUCACUCCCACUCUUCCUAAAAUUGAAGCUUUUAAAGCAAACUGUCAGUUUUUUGUAUUUCAAAUGUCUUGGUAUGCUUGUUGUAGUUGUAUAUUCAUAAUGGUGUAUAUUACAUCAGUUUUUAUUUAUUAAAACGUUUAAAUUUUC